AUGUCUGCCGGCCGAGGCCCCACCAGUAACAGUCGCAGCCCCGAGCAGGCUCGCGACUUUUAUCAACUCAAGCAGCGCGCGGCCGAGUACUACAGGAGCAACUCGGUGCCGCAAAGGAUGCAGCAAAUCCUCAAUACCAUGUUUUAUGACAAACCCGAUGAUGUUUACGGGCACCUGGCAAAUUACUUUGCCAACUUUGCGAAGCCAGCUGCAAUAAGCAGGAUUGUUGGAAAAGAAAAGCUAGAUGCAGAAGGUCAACGAACAGUUGAAGUCGAAGUAUUAUGCACUAUUAAGAAUUUUGAGAAGCCAAACUCUUAUCCCCUGAAGUCAACAAAACAUCCUGAACUUUUCAAUGAGAAAUAUCUGGCUUCCUCAAUGAGAUUCCAAGUAGCAAUUGAGCCACAUGUUGUAGAAGUGCAAUCACUAUCUAACAUUGCACAGUUGAAUAAAUCAGUGACCAAAAUGCUUAUCACAGGAAUCAAGCUCCCAGAAACUCAUUGCGUAAUGAUAUUUGGGAUCACAACAAUAACAUCUGUUAAUCAUUUCCCAUGCAUUUCUCGGGUUCAAGGACCUAUCAUCACUAUCCUAGACUUGCUUUUUGCCUUGAUUCUCAAAUUGGCUAAAAGUGAGACCAUCUUCAGACCACCUAUCACCAGCUUUAGUGUCUGUUUUACUACAAUGUCUAAUUGUUGUCGUGAUCCUAAUUACGCUACCCAAGAUAUCAUGGAUAAAGAAAAUGAACUAAAAAAUCUAUCUGUCCAGAUUGCCUUGGAAUGGAUUAAUGAACCACUGAAUUCCUUGCUAAAAGGGCUUUUGCCAGCUAACCAGACUCAAGUGGACAAGUUGCUGAGUGAAUACUUCCAAAGAAAAUUGGAAGAAGAUGAAGAGCAUAGGAAAAAAGAUGCUGAAGUCGAGGAGAUAACAGAGCCUGAUUUAUCAAUUUCAACCAUCACUGCUCCUACUGUAGACAAGAAAAAGAAAUCUCUUAAAGCUAAGAAAAGUAUUACGCCAGAGAAACCCAUCAAACCCCGUGAACCACAAGAACCACUUUUUCUUGGAAGUUUGGCAAUUGGUGUAGUAUCAUUGGCAGUGGCCAAAGCUGCAGCCAGACUUCAGAAUACUUCUUUGUAUUUACAUAUUGCUUCACUCAAUCAAGAAGAGCCUCCAAAAGAAAUGAGAAUGCCACUUCCUAUGGUAAGUUUACUUAGUUGUGGGAAGUCAUCUGGAGGAAAAUUAAAAUUGAUGAAGGAAGUGAUAGCAGUUCCAAAACCCAACCUCAGUUAUAAACAGAGUCUUAAGAUGAUGAUGGCUCUUCAACAACAAAUUUCCAAAUGGACGUUCACCCAAAAAUCUGGACCUAUAGCAAUGUCUCACUUAGGCUGCUGGGAGAAAGGAUUUGAUCAUAUAGAACAACCUUUUGAGGUGAUCCAAGAGGCUUGUAACGCACUAGAAUUGACACUGGGGGAAGAUCUACAUUUGAUGCUCAAUUGUGCUGCUCAUGAAUUGAUGGAUUAUGAGAAGGAGAAGUAUGAAAUUAUAAUUGGAGUACUAAAACAUCCUGAUGAAAUGAUAGAACUGUACACAGGCCUAGUAGAGAAGUACCCAUCAAUCAUUGGUCUGAUAGAUCCCCUUCGGAAGGAGGAUGAAGGGCAAUGGUGUAAGCUGUGUUACCUCCUUAGUCCCCAGUGCUAUUUCUUGGCUGAUGCUGCUUCAAGAUCAAUAGACAAGCUCAUAACAGAUGGUCUGGGUGAAAAUCGAUAUAGUGGCUCGAUCUUGAAACACACCAAUCAAACUACAAUAUCUAACUUUGUUCAAGUAGCUAAACUAAUGGAAGCACAAGAGUGCAGAUUUAUACCAGGCUUGACAGAUGUAGAGACCAUCGAUGACAGCAUAGCAGACAUUGCUGUUGGUCUGGGGGCCAGGUUCAUCAAACUGGGAGGUCUAUGUCAUGGAGAGCGGGUGGCAAAAUACAACCGUCUGCUGGCUAUAGAGGAAGAAUUGGCUCAGAGGGGAGCAUUGGGUUGUGCAGCUGAGCAUCGAUUUCCUGUCAUCAGUGAAGAGGAACCUGAUCCUGACUCAUUGGAUGUUGAUGAAGGUUUGGACAUUCUAUUAGAGUUCUUGGAUGAAAUUUACAAGAUGAUCUAUAAAAUGCCAAAGAGGCAUGGGCAGAAUUUGAUAGAUCAUGAGAAACAGAUGAUCAUUCCAUAG